AUGAACCGGAACCAGUUUGAGUCGCUUCUAUGUCUUCUCCAUGAAGGCCUACCCAAUAAAAGCAAGAUGUAUGAAACUCAUGGCUACAAGAUAACCAAGGGAAGAGGCUAUUACAUCUUCAAAUUUGAGGAUUAUAAAUGCACCGUGGAAUUUGUACGAUCACAUUUUCUUGUUAAGGAAGGGAUUCGCCUAGGUGCACGAGGGAACUCAAAUCCAACUCUAUCGAUAGACCAAAUUGACAAGUCAGCUGCCCGUUGGAAACGAGCUGACAUUCUUGUCUUCAACACUGGGCAUUGGUGGACUCAUGGAAAGACUGCUAGGGGGAAAAAUUACUAUAAAGAGGGUGAUUAUAUUUAUCCCAAGUUUGAUUCAGUGGAAGCUUAUAGGAGAGCCCUGAAGACCUGGGCAAAUUGGAUUGAUAAAAACAUUAAGGCUGACAAGUUGGUCUUUUAUCGUGGUUACUCAUCUGCCCAUUUCAGAGGUGGAGACUGGGAUUCAGGAGGAACGUGUAAUGGGGAGACUGAACCUAUUUUAAGUGGAGCCUUCCUCAAUAAUUAUCCUGUGAAGAUGAAAAUAGCGGAGGAGGUGAUCCAGGAAAUGCAGUUUCCAGUGGUGCUACUCAAUGUAACGAGGUUGACGAAUUUUCGAAAGGAUGGCCACCCAUCAAUAUACGGAAAGAAUGUUACCGCUGGGAGAAGGGUAUCCACCAGGCGGCAAGAUUGCAGCCAUUGGUGUCUUCCUGGGGUCCCUGAUGCAUGGAAUGAGUUGAUUUAUGCCACUUUGGUCAGGCAACAUGCUUCGACCACUCAUCUGUAAGGAUCUUUUUCAUUUUUAUGCACAUGUUCAUGGUAUACUCCCAUUAGUCUGGAAAGCAUUGGAACCUUCACAUCAUGCUGAGGGCCAACGGCACAUCCACAAACGCAACAAUAGAGAGAGAGAGAGAGAGAGAGAGAGAGACAGCGGCUUGCUACAUUGUGUGUUAGUUCUCCUUUAUAUAUUUAGUAAGCGAUGUACUGGCUACUAUCACCAUACUCUUCCGUAGUUCCAGGUGAAUUAGUCAAAUCAAAUACAGGCUAUAGUGACCUUCCUUAGCUAUCAUGUACAGAAUGGCAUGUGCCCUUUAUCAUUGUGUAUCUUGUGUUUCAGUUAAGUA